UAGCAAUGGGUUUUUUUCAGUUUUUUUUUUUUUUUUUUUGUUUCUUCUCGUGAUUCCAGCUCCAGGCCCACCUUUUUUUUUUUUUUUUGUCGCCAAGCAAACCUUCGCUUAUAUGGCCGUCCGAGUGGCUACUACACCCUUAUCUUUCUUCUUCCUCCCCCCACCCCACCCCACCCCUCAGCUAAAAAUAAAAUAAUCUUGUGUAAGUAACUACUCCUACCCUGCACGCCACCAAGCCCGGUUGGUAUUAGGCUCUGAAAAAGCAAAUCCCCUUUCGGUCUUCUUCUUCCUCUGGCUGAAUUUGCUUCUCUUAACUCUUUUGCUCUAUUUUGCCUCCACGUACCAUCACAGAUUGGCUUGUCUGAAUUUGGAGUGGGGGGUAGUUCCACAAACCAGAAAGCUAGGGAAGAUGGCAACCAUAACAAAUGUGACCGAGUAUCAGGCGAUUGCAAAGCAAAAGCUGCCUAAAAUGGUGUACGAUUACUACGCAUCUGGUGCUGAAGAUGAAUGGAGUCUUUCGGAGAACAGAAAUGCCUUCACCCGAAUCCUGUUUCGACCGAGGAUUCUGAUUGAUGUGAGCAAGAUCGAUAUGACGACCACUGUGCUGGGAUUCAAGAUAUCUAUGCCUAUCAUGAUUGCCCCUACUGCCAUGCAGAAAAUGGCUCAUCCUGAAGGGGAGUACGCAACUGCUAGAGCUGCAUCAGCUGCUGGAACUAUCAUGACGCUGUCGUCAUGGGCUACUUCAAGUGUGGAAGAGGUGGCUUCAACUGGGCCUGGUAUCCGCUUCUUCCAGCUUUACGUCUACAAGGAUAGGAAUGUUGUCGCUCAGCUGGUGAGGAGAGCUGAAAGGGCUGGCUUCAAGGCCAUUGCUCUUACCGUUGACACCCCAAGGCUGGGCCGCAGGGAAGCUGAUAUCAAGAACAGGUUCACACUGCCACCUUUCUUGACACUCAAGAACUUUGAAGGCCUGGACCUUGGCAAGAUGGACGAGGCCAAUGACUCUGGACUUGCUUCCUAUGUUGCUGGUCAGAUUGAUCGCUCCCUCAGCUGGAAGGAUGUGCAAUGGCUUCAAACAAUCACCUCACUGCCAAUUCUGGUCAAGGGUGUCCUCACAGCUGAGGAUGCCAGGAUAGCAGUUCAAGUUGGAGCAGCAGGAAUCAUUGUGUCCAACCAUGGUGCUCGUCAACUUGAUUAUGUCCCUGCUACCAUUAGGGCACUUGAGGAGGUGGUGAAGGGGGCACAAGGGCGAGUCCCGGUGUUCUUGGAUGGUGGUGUGAGACGCGGGACAGAUGUGUUCAAGGCAUUGGCACUUGGAGCCUCUGGCAUAUUUAUUGGACGACCGGUGGUGUUCUCAUUGGCUGCCGAGGGAGAGGCUGGAGUGAGGAACGUCCUUCAAAUGUUACGCGACGAGUUUGAGCUGACAAUGGCGCUCAGCGGCUGCCGUAAUCUGGGCGAAAUCACAAGAGCCCACAUCUUCACUGAUUGGGAUGCUUCUCCCAGCCACCCUACGGCCAAGCUUUAAAGGCAGUACCCAAGAUGCUCUAAGCCAACCACUGGUACUGGUUCUUCAUUUUUCUUUCCCAUUUUCAUGGAUCCAUGAACAGAGACUCGUUUCCUUGCACUUUGGGUUUACUUACAGUACAGACAUGUGUAUCCUUCCUUUGGAAACUUUGAUAUAUCGACCUCCUCCUCCCCAUGUUUCCUUGGUUAUAAUUAAACGGUUCAAACUCGAUCUAUAUAUGCCUGGUUCUAAUCAUUAAUCAAUGCCUACCCUGGCUUCCACUUUGUAUAUCUCAUGUGGCCAAGUGUAUGUAUUCUGUUCAUUCUAACUCACUAGUUCCCACUCCGUCGUUCAUCGUUCCCACUCACAGAGCCUAUGUAUUUGCUUUCAAGCAAAACGGUAGUACUGUUUGAUAUUAAUGUUUGUACUUUUGACUUCUUGAACAACGAAAUUAAAAUGGUCCACACUUAUUUAAAUAAAUUCAAAUGAGAGUGUUUGAUAUUUUUAUAAUUUUUUUGGAAUAAGCUACGUUUAUUACUUCUUCUUCUAUUGAGGUUCACCGAUGGUUCUCAAAACUAAAGGUUACAACUAAUUUGCAGAGAAAUUAUAAAUUUCGAGUCAAAUGUUUGGUUGUGACAACCUUUUACAUUCUUAAUUUCUCCUAUUUUAUAGUCACUAGGUGUAACUGCAUUGGUACCGCCUUGGUAACUACUAGUUGGCUUGUUGCUCCAACCGCUUUAGUGACCCCUUGUCACCAAGUCCACUUGGAAUUAGUCUCCAUAUGGCCCCCUCAGGAGCUAUACACCAAGUCAUCAUCAAGUUGACAACCUCUUAGCUCAGCAUCCUGGCCGACCAGCCCCUACCCCUAAAAUUUCAUACUUAGACCAUCCACAAUGAUAGAAGGGAAAAAAGGGUGAAAAGGGUGGGAAAAAAGGGGAAAAAUGGUGGAGGAGAGGAAUUGGUCACAAUGGGUGGGAGGGAAAAAAGGGUAAUGGGAAGGGGUUUUUAAUUUCAAAAGGGUGGGGGAAAAAAAAAAGAGGGCACCAGCCGCUUUUUCCUCCUUCUUUUGUCUUUUUCAAAAGGAUAAACCCUUCCCCAAUAGCCUUCUUUUCCUUUUUAGCCUUUUUAUCCUCCCCUAUUGUAGGCUUUCCCCUCCUUUUUUUCCCUUUUCCCCUUUUUUUCAAUACUUGCUGUGGGUGGUCUUAGUCUUGGGGCUAUGAGGGUGGUCCAUGGCGCAUUGGUACCUAGUCGCUUGUCACCUCCUCAUAUGCUUGGCAACCUGCGAGUUUGAUAUCUAUAUUUACCUUUUGGGAGGUUUCAUAACUUGAUAUCAAACAUGUCUUGCUAGCUUGAUAUCAUGUUGUCUGGUUACCAAGUCUGUCUUGCCGCCUUGGUAUCUCCUUGCUUGGUCACCAAGUCUGUCUUGUUUUCAGACGUAGUUUUUUUAGAGCCGUAUUUCAUAACAAGGAGAAGAAGGCAUCAACUAGGCUAUGGAGGCAGCCGACCACUAGGUUAGAGAUAGGGAGUUUGGUCAUUUAGGUCCAAAAAUCCAACCUAAUAAUACCCACCUAGCUCA